AUGUCCCGGUCCUUCACCCCUUCCUUCUGCCGCGCCCUCCCCACCCCACCAGCUCACACGACCCGCUUCCUAAUCCCCGGCACCCCGCGCGCCCGCCGCCGCCUACUGGCUGUCCUAGCCCUCAUCCCUUUCCUGGCAUACUAUCUCAAUCCCAAGCAACCCCUUAAUCCACAAGUAUACUCGGACCAUCCCGUGACGGCCGUGGACAAGGUUGGGCCGGCGCAUGUCGAGCUGGUUGUGGGUGUGUCUGAGGGUGAGAGGGGCAUGUUUGGGCCCGAGGCGGUAAGCGCAUCUCCAUAUGGCGUCCCUCCUCGUCCUCCCAACCUUAGUCCCUCCUUCUCCUCGGCCUCGUCCUCCCAACCCACCCCGCCCUCCACCCCCGUCGUCGUCCAACACAUCAUGGUCAAGAACCCAGACCUCAUGAUCGAACGCGCAUAUACCCCCGUCAACGACGUCUCGGCUGACGGAAUCAUGCGCAUGAUCGUCAAGCGCGUCCGUGGCGGCGAGGUUGGGCGAUUGGUACAUACCCGUAACCCCGGGGAUAUGGUUGGGCUUCGAGGACCCGUCGCGACGUUUGCUAUCACCCCGUCUGAUUAUGAUCGUAUCGUCAUGAUUUCCACCGGAACAGCCGUGGCACCCUUCCUCCAGCUCCUGGCCAAGGAUACGCCAGGAUCAGGAUCCACACAGUACACCCUCCUCCAGCAGUCGCCUAGUGGCGGACGAGAAGACUGGAGUGCCGAUUACAUUGCUCCAAUGGCCGCCAAGUGGGGGGAGGGGUUGGAAGUGCGCCGUAUCCCGCCUGGGAUUGUUAAGCGCGAGGAUGUUACUGCUGCUUUGAAAGGGGCGGAGCGGCCACUCGUGCUUGUCUGUUUGCCUACUGGACUCAUGCGCCCGCUCUGCGGAGCCCUUGCCCCUACGCUGCACCAGGGGCCCUUGGUGGGCUUGUUGCGUGACAUGGGCCUCAGACCGGACCAAGUGUGGAAGCUGGACUCCAGCGUCAGUGCGGCUUCAACUACAACCUCCAUCUGCAGACCCCCCCAAGCCACGGCAUGGACCGACUGCGGCCCCGUGAAGAACAUCUCGUACCUCUCCCCCGCCUUCGUCUACUCCCCCAAGGAGGGAUGGCACAAGAACGGCUCAUGGGCCUCUGGCAGUGGCAGCGUUAGCGUCCAGCUCUCCUCGUCUGGCGUGACGUGGGCUGUUGAUGGCCCGGCUACGAUUCUUGUCAAUGGUACCGAAACGACGGCCCAGGUCGGUAAUAGAAACCGGACCGUCUCGGGACUCCCGUAUGGAUGGCACAACUUUACCCUCGUUGGGGAGGGUUUGAGUGUCGGUGACGUUAUGCCUAUUGAGGACGGGUCGACCUUCCUCCCCGCUACUCCCGGCGCUUCCCAACUGCUCAACACAUCAUCGACCGACCUCUUCUCCUCGUCCGGCUUCAACUCGUACGGCGGUCUUACAACAAACUCCUCCGCAAAAAUAACCCUGACCCCGCCGCUGGGCAGCGCAACGAUAGAGCUCUUGUCCAACUACAUCUACAUCCAGGGCACGCGCGUCCCCGACUCGCCCCAGCCAUGGGGCGCCUUCAGCGUAAUCUUUGACCCCGCUCCACCCUACGGUCCAGCGACCCAGUCCUUCGCUGGUUCCUUAUACCCAUCAACUGAGCAGCCAGGGAACCUCAUUGCUGACGGUACGAUCCACGCACUCAUCUUGCGAGCAGAACUCGACCCCGCCGUCAAGUAUACCGUGACAGUGGACAUUGAGAGUGGCCAAUGGAAGCAGCACGGCCCCGCCGUCCCCAAGUCCCACCCCGGCCCCGAAGAGUGGGGCGAUGCGUACGUCUGUCGGUGCUUCGGCGCUUGGUGUACUCGCAUUGUUCAUGUUCUUGUUGCAUAG